UCUAAUUUGCAUGUCCCAAUACCUUGACCUCCCAAAACCCAAUCAUCUUUUACUUCUUUCUUGAUUCUUCCAAGAAAGAUUAUAAUUUCAAGAGAACCCCAUUAAAGGAUGUCAGGCAGGCAGUUUUAUAAUCAUCUUUUGGCACUGUUGUUGCUUGCCAUAAUGACACUGGUUCCAAAUGGAAACGGUAUUGGGGUGAACUGGGGAACCAUGUCAACCCACCAACUGCCACCAGGUAAGGUGGUGAAAAUGCUGAGAGAUAAUGGGGUUCAUAAGUUGAAGCUUUUCGAGUACAAUGAGGAGAUUAUGACGGCUCUAACUGGGACGGAUAUCGAGGUGAUGGUGGGGAUUCCUAAUAGCAUGUUGAAACUGAUGAGCGUGGAUCCAGCGGCUGCUGCUUCUUGGGUUUAUAAUAACGUUACUGGUUAUUGCUAUGAUGGCGGAGUCAAUAUCAAGUAUGUUGCAGUGGGGAAUGAACCUUUCCUUCAAACAUACAAUGGCACCUAUCUACAAUACACAUUACCAGCUCUCAAAAACAUUCAGAGAGCCCUUGAUGAAUCCGGGGUUAAAUGCCGGUACAAAACUACAGUCCCUUUCAAUGCUGACAUCUAUGACUCCCCGGAAUCCAAUCCGGUUCCAUCUGCUGGUGACUUUCGGCCCGAGGUCAAGGACCUUACAAUUGAAAUAGUCCAGUUUCUAUAUUUACAUGAUGCACCUUUCACUGUCAAUAUCUAUCCUUACCUCAGCCUUUAUGGGAAUGAUUAUUUCCCUAUAGAGUUUGCAUUUUUUGAUGGAUUAAGCAAGCCUCUUAGAGAUGGUAAUAAUGUUUACAAAAAUGCAUUUGAUGCAAAUCUUGACACUCUCAUUUAUGCUUUGAGUAAAGCUGGAUUCCCUGACAUGGAGGUCAUAGUCGGAGAAGUCGGCUGGCCGACUGACGGUGACAAAAACGCCAACACCCGAAAUGCAAAGAGGUUUAACCAAGGACUAAUCAAGCAUGCUUUGAGUGGAAAUGGAACCCCAGCUCGGAAAGGAAACAUUGAAGUUUAUCUAUUCAGCCUCAUUGAUGAAAAUGCUAAAAGCAUUGAACCUGGUGGGUUUGAGAGACAUUGGGGAAUUUUCGAGUUCGAUGGAAAGCCGAAAUAUCAGCUCGACUUAACCGGUUUAGAACUCGAAAAAGGACUGGCUCCGGUGGAAGACGUGAAAUACCAAACCAAAAGAUGGUGUGUUCUGGAUGCUACAGCAACUGAUUUGGAUGAGUUGCCUGAAAGUGUUAGCUAUGCUUGCAGUUUAUCAGAUUGUACUGCUUUGGGCUAUGGUUCCUCAUGCAAUCAACUAACUGCUAAAGGCAAUGCUUCAUAUGCUUUCAACAUGUACUACCAAGUGAACAACCAGCACGUUUGGGACUGUGAUUUCUCUGGUUUGGCCAUUGUCACCGACGAUAAUCCAUCGGAGGAGGGUUGCCAGUUCCCUGUCAUGAUAGCUUUUGCUCAUUCUUCAUUGCUACUUCAUAACAAUGGUGGUCUUUUGGAUGUUUUACUGAGAAUUAUUGGAGGAUUUAUUGUACUAAUUUCAUUUCUGAUAUAA